AUAAAGAGUCAUUAAACAAAAGAAAACAAACCAGACGUACUACAAGUAAGGUAUAUGCGCCCAAAUAGUUUAAUUUGUGGAAAUAUAUACUUUUCACCCAUAGUUUAGCUGUAUUCUUAUAAAAACAGUCUCCUUUUAAAACUAGAGUAAUAAGAUCACAUGUUUACUACAGUUUAUAUUCACGUCUGUAGUUUUCGGUCUGAUCCAAAUUAGGACUCUGAAUAAUAUUCCCCAAUUUCAUUUGGUACUAUUAUAGCAGAUUAGAUGUCUAAAUGGCAAAUAUUUUCAUAUUUUAUAGUUCACUGACGAGUAAAAAUUAGUGUUCUGAACCCAAUAUUGAGUUUUCUGAUAGUUUUUUCCCCUGUCGUUUUCACUGUUAUCCCAAAUUAGGAAUAUAUGUAUCCUUUUUAAGUAUUCUGCAAUAAUAAAAUCUCGUGUCGAUUAGUUAUCCCCUGCCCCCCAUGGCACAUUUUUUUUUACAAGUACCUCCUGACCUGUUUUGCAGGCAAUUUGUCAGACGGUCCCUAAAAAAGAAAACAGUCUAUUGUUCCAGUACUGUGGACGAACGGGGGCUGCAGAGCACGGAUUGGCCAGAGAGGGCGCUGCAAGCACGGCAGGCCGGCCUCCGCGGCCUUCUCAUCUUUUUGUCUGAGAACAGGAUCCCUCUGCCGCCGCUCUACAGUGUGUGCGAUAGCCUCGGAGCUGCGUCCGUACCACACUGUCAAACCACUCCAAACGAAUACCCCGCGACCAAAAAGCAUUAAUCGAACACGUCCCGCCAUGGCGCGCCUAAUCCGCCGUCAGCUUCGCGAAUGACUGAGCGCCGGCGGAGUAUGGGAUCCUUGGUGUCUUAGAAAGCGACUGAAGUGGGCUUUAACCGUUUUUGCAUGCAAAAACAAUGGCAAAUUCGACGGGGAAAAAUAUUCCAGAUCAGCGAAGGAAGGGACAGGCUUUCCUGGACGAGCUGCGGCAAUUUCACCAAAGCAGAGGAUCGCCGUUCAAGAAGAUUCCUAUCGUGGGUGGGAAAGAGCUGGAUCUCAACGCUCUCUAUUUCAGAGUCGUCUCUUUAGGUGGAUUCGCUAAGGUGUCUGACAAAAACCAAUGGAAUGAACUCGGGGAAGAGUUUAAUUUUCCAAGGAAUUGCUCCAACGCUGCAUUCGCUUUAAAACAGUACUACCUUCGAUAUUUGGAGAAAUAUGAGCGAGUCCACCACUUCGGCGAGGAUGACGACGAGGCGCAGCCGGGGAACGCCAAGACCUUUCUUCCAGUCGGCGCAAUUCCCACGUCGUACAACUACCAGCAACAUGUUGUAUCAGACUAUCUCCGCCAAAGCUACGGGCUGUCCACCGAUUUUAUCCCGCCGUGCGACUACAACAAACUGGUGCUGUCUCUCCUGUCUGGUCUGCCCAAUGAAGUGGACUUUGCAGUCAAUGUUUGCACUUUGCUCUCCAAUGAGAGCAAGCACGCCAUGCAGCUGGACAAGGACCCCAAACUGGUCACGUUGCUACUGGCCCACACCGGUGUUUUCGACGAUUCGCUAGGCAGCUUCUCCGGGGUGUUCGGUACUGACUGGAAGACGAAAACAUCCCGAGACUUUAUCAGGUUUUGGAAGGAAGUCGUGCAGGAUGCUGAAGUCAGGGAGCUAAUCUGGGACAAGAGCAGCACAGCACAAGAUGGUACAUCAGUAGCAGAACGUUGGCAGAGCCUCUUUCACCCGCCACGGAACCUGGGCAUCAGCGACCUGGAGGCCCAGCGGGUGCUGCAGGUCGCCGUCAUCCUGCGCAACCUCUCCUUCGAGGAGGCCAACGUCAAGCUGCUGGCGGCCAACCGAACGUGCCUGCGCUUCCUUUUGCUCUGCGCCCACUGUAACCUCAUCUCACUCCGACAGCUCGGGCUCGACACUUUGGGCAACGUGGCCGCCGAGCUCCAGCUGGAUCCGGUUGAUUUUCGGAUGACCCAUCUGAUCUUUCACACUAUCACCAAAUGCUUAAUGUCCAGAGACAGGUUCCUCAAAAUGAGAGCCAUGGAGAUUCUGGGCAACCUGAGCAAAGUGGAGGACAACGGCGUGCUCAUCUGUGAGUAUGUGGACCAGGACUCGUACAGGGAAGUAAUGAUGCUCCUCACCCUGCCUGACCUCAUGCUCCUCAUGGCCUCGUUGGAGGUGCUCUACUUGUUGGCUCAGCUCGGGGAGGUUCCCUGCAGUAAAAUCGCUUCUGUGGACCGUAGCAUAGACCUGCUAGUGAGGCUAGUUUCUGUCGAUCUUCAUACAUUUGGACCAGACGCCCUAACAGCGGUACGGUUGAUCGAGCAUCAAGCCAACGCUGAGCAGGCAACCGAGGUUCGACCGCAGUUGGUCGAGCAGGUACCUGCGGCCUCGCAAGGGGGGCCAGCCAAUACAACACGGACACCGGUUCCGUCCACUCAGCCACCACCUGGCAUUGUAGAACUCGAUGGAGAAAAAUUUACAUUGCAAUGGCUAAAUGCACACUUUGAGACAAAUGGCGAAGGUUCGGUAUCCCGGUCGGACAUGUACUCAGAGUACCUGUCCACGUGCAGCAAAAUGGGACGAAGUAACAUUUUGAACUCCACUGGCUUCCUCAAAUGUCUACGAACUGUGUUUCCCAAUCAUACGAUGCGGCGGCAGGACGAGACCAAAGCCAAUGGCCCAGUUCACAUCCUCCUGGUGGGGAUAAGGCGGCGGUCAAUACCGCUGCCCGUCCAGUUGUACUACCAGCAGCCUCAGCAACAGCAGGUGCCUGGUGCAGCGCCCUCCCCUGCUGUUCGACCUGAAACCCCUGCGGACCCCCCAGCUCCAUCUCCAGGUACCCCAUCUGGGAAUCCACCACAGGUAGGCCGGCCAGUUGGCCUCAGCGCAGGUGGCGCUAAUUCAUCUGGGGCCAUCAAUGUGAAGGAGGCCGCUCCCCACCAUACGGGGACCCCGCAGGUGCCUCAGCAGUUACCACCGAAUAAUCAGGCGCUAGUGCAACAACAACAACAGCAGCAGCAGCAAGUACGGUCUAGUCCAGUUGUCCAGAUCCCAACAUCGGGACCAACCUCGCAGAACCACAGCCCACAAACCCCUGCUUUGCCAGCUCCGGUUCAGCAGCACUCUCCCAUGCUUUCCACCGGGACACCAGUCACGCUUUUUCAGCAAGUACCCCAGGGCCACUUACUCACGGCCAGGGUGCAAGGUGUCUGCCCCCCAAUCUCCCAGCACCAGCCCCUCACCCAAACGGCACCUCUGUCCACGCCACAGGGACCCUCUCCUCAAGUAGAUCUUCAUUGCGGCGUGGCAGGAUCCAUACCCACCUCUUCCAUCCAAGCGGCGUCAAGUAAUCCUGGGGCGCCCACUUCCACGGCGUCACGUGUGACUUUUCAAAAUAUCGCCCCCAAACCGGCUCUAAACCAGCCUGCUAGCACAGCAGCCACAAUAGCCAACCAGCAGCCUCAAACGCAGGCACAGAGUGUGGUAAUAGUCGGUCCCAGUCCUCAACAAAAUCAAGCCUACACCCCCGCCAUACACCAAAUUGUUCUUGCCAACCCUUCUGCCAUUCCUGGUGCUCAGUCUCUCCAAAUAGCAGGGCAGCCCGGAGCCCCCUCCAGCCCGUGCCCGGCUGCUGCGUCCCACCCGAAUCCCCAAGUCCAGCCCAGUCAAACUGUCAGCCACACACUGUCCGUCAAACGACAUCAACAAAUGAUUUCGCAAGCCCCUCCCUCUCAGCCUACCUCCUCCGAGUCCAGCUUGAUCAAACAGCUACUGCUUCCAAAGCGAGGGCCUUCCACGCCAGGUGGAAAGCUCAUCCUUCCCGCGCCACAGGUGCCACCACCUAACAGCACCAGUUCACAGGUCAUCUACCAGACGGGCCCCCCUCAACAGCCUCAACAGCUCAACGUUCAGCUGGUUCCCAGUCAGGUUCAGCUCCUACCAGGCCAGCUCAUUUCCACGAGUAGCCCAACCGCAAUCAUCCAGACCCCCAUGGCGUCUGGACAAGUCACAUUUACUGUGGUCCCUAACACUGGUUUUACCACGUCCACGGCAGCAGUCGCCGCGGUCAGCCACGGCGCCGUGGCCCCGAGUGUUCCGUCACCUCCGUUUUCGACGGGAACCGUGCCCCAACAAUCUCCAGCAGUUCCACCGCCGUCGCCGGCUCCGCUCAGAGGGGACAAGAUCAUUUGUCAAAAAGAGGAAGAGGCCAAAGACGCUACCGGGUUGCACAUCCAUGAACGGAAAAUCGAGGUCAUGGAGAACUCCUCGAUGGCAGACGGAGACUCCUCCAACGGGAAGACCAGUAACGGUGAUGUCGGAGUUGGUGCCAAGCUGCUAAACGGUCGGAAGUGCAUGGAGUCAAAUCUACCUCCAUACCACUCAGGGAACAGCCAAGGGACAUUAAAUGGUCCGGCUGCAGAGAGUCCCCCCGCUAAUGGGAAACAGGCCCUCUCCCCUGGCCUCGACGCCGCCUUGGAGGGGAGCCGUGAGCCUAAAAAGACACUGGUCAACGGGGUGUGCGACCCUGACCGGGGUGACAGUGGUGUCAUUAGCAAAAACAUUCCAAAUCACAUUGCUUCCAAACAGUACUUGGGGAACGGGGACGUGGGCCCCACUGAGAAGAGUCAUAGCUCCAACCCCCUUGCUCCCAGUCCGCCCCUCCAGCAGGACGCUGCCAAAGCCCAACAGGCAGAGCGCCUGGCCAAUGGACCUCAGGCGGUAGGCGCCAGGCCGCCCUCGGAAUUAACAAAUGGACCUUUGGGGCCUGGCCACGCCGUGCCCGUGCUAAGGCAGCAACUGCUCCCCAAUUCCACCCUGCCCCCGACUAUCCCCGUCACCUCCCAGAGCGCAAACGGAGUCGCCUCAGAGUCCCGAGGCGUCAAGAGGCCCGCCGAGAACGAGGAACCUCGGUCCUCCGGUAUCCCCAACAAGGUGGGCGUGCGGAUAAUCACCAUCAGCGACCCCAACAACGCGGGCAGCAGUUCCACGAUGGUGGCCGUCCCUGCCGGAACAGACCCAAGCACAGUAGCCAAAGUAGCAAUAGAGAAUGCCAGUCAGCAAAGGAACUGCUCACCCACACAGACAGCUGGUUCAACGCCCACUGUAACCCCGUCCCCGCCCCCCGCGACCCAGUCGGCUCCAGCGGACAGCAACAACCCUCAGCUCCCUUCAACGCAGCAAGCCCCCACAGUACCGCCCGAGCAAAAUAGGAAAGCGGGGCAGAACUACAAAUGUCUGUGGCAAUCCUGUAAACGGUGGUUUGAAACUCCGUCCCAAGUGUUUUACCAUGCAGCAACACAGCAUGGUGGAAAGGAUGUGUAUGGAGGCCAGUGUCAGUGGGAAGGAUGUGAUCCUUUUCCGCGGCAGAGAUUGUCCUUCAUCACGCAUCUACAGGAUAAGCACUGUUCUCGGGAGGCUUUGUUGGCUGGACUCAAACUGGAGGAACAGCAGGCUCAAAGCCCCAACUCGACCCCUUCCCAGACGCCGCCAGUGCCAGGGAGUACUCCGGCGGCGCGACCGCCGAAAGCAAUCGUCAAUCAUCCGAGCGCAGCUCUCAUGGCCCUCCGUAGAGGCUCUCGAAACCUGGUCUUCAGGGACUUUACGGAUGAGAAGGAGGGACCAGUGACCAAACACAUAAGACUAACUGCUGCCUUAACGUUGAAGAACAUCGCCAAGCACUCGGACUGCGGUCGCAUGCUGGUAAAGAAGCACGAGCCUCACCUCUCUGUGCUCGCACUGAGUAACAUGGAGGUCUCCACCACGCUAGCCAAAUGCCUUUAUGAACUGACACGUUCGCUCCAGGCCUAACGCCAAAAGGACAACCUCUAGGAAACCCCUCCGACGCCCUCGCGCGUCCGCCGACACCGGAGGAGAAAGCCGCCGGUGUGAACGUAGCGGGUCUGUGAGGAAGCAGCGCGCAGGAUCCGGACUGAAGAACCUCCUCCUGCCACUAUCGCUCGGAAUCCCUCUCCCGCAUCCCGACCGAUCCUCGGCUCCUUCAACCUGUGUUUGAAAAUCCCGCCACGUACCCUCGUCCAAAAACUGCCACGGGGUCUUCCACCAGCUGCCCCAUCAGAAGGAGCUCCUUCCGAUGGCUUUUCUGAGGGAAUCCACUGACAAACCCCUGAGAAGAUUAGCACCAAACACGAGCACAUUUUUCGUUUUUUUUUUCUCUUCUUCUUCCCAUGAACUAACAAGUUCCGACUGAAUGAAGACCACCGGGUUUUAGGGGUCCCGUGUGAGCGGGGCGGGCUUUGGAAGGCGUCCCACAGGGUCGUGAUGGAGGAGGACUCGGCCGGCAACUGGCGCAGACUUUUUUUGUUUGUUUUCGUUUUCCUUUCAAACUUGGUAGCUUGGUUUUCUUACUUGAGUUGAUAUAUUUUCACUUAUUUAUUAUUGAAAUGAAUACCAUUACAAUUAAUGAAAUGAAUCUUGUAAAUAUGUUGUGAAUAUAUAUAAAGAACCUCUUUCACGAUGAUGCCACUGGAGAACUUGCUCUGUGGUGUAAUAGAAGCAUUACUUUGGUAGGGUUGAAUAAAGUAGGAUGCUUUUUUUUUUGUUUGCUUUUUUUAUGAUCCCUGGUCACUUGUAUCUAAUGUGAUUCUAUACUCAGCAGUGGAUGAAUGUACUUUAAACCCUGUAAAUACUUCUGCAAAGGUACUGAUGCUGUAAAGCCUAGGGAGAGGAAAAACAGUUUUUUGUGGAACUGUGACAUUUUGUAUUAUAAGACCUUGUAGAACUCAUUUUGCUGGCUGAAAGAGUAUGGAAUAAUAUAUCGUCAUUUUGUAGAAGAAAAAAAAAAUAUUGAAGGUAUUUUCCCCAAUUUCUGUUCCCUCACACCUCUUCCCCUCAAUGCGUGCGUGCACACACACACAGAAAAACAAGUGACAUAUAUAUCUAUCCACUGUAAGCGUUUUGUCAUUGUACGGGCACAGUGCGCGUACCAAACUUUUUUUGUAUUUGUAAAUUGGUUUAAAUACAUGGAGUUUUUAUACAGGUUUUCUCCUGUGUUCUUUGCUUUACGUGCAGGUAUAAUAUUUUCUUCACUACUUUUUUCUAUCUUAAUAUAGUGUGGAGUUUUAUUGUACUAUUUUUUCAUUCUUAAUACCAUGCCACAUUCCGGCUCACGUCCUCAAGACUGUCCUCUCUACCGUGUGUUGUGUACCGUUUAUGACUGCCUGUCCUGUUAGCAUCUGACCGGGGGGCGACCCACCCAUCCUCAUUUCUGCCGUGUCAGUAGGAUGUGUGACUAAACAUAGACCUAACAGUCUGUUAGAGAUUGGCUUUAUUUACUUUGGUGACUGUUUAUAGUUUUUAAAUAAAAACACUGAACAUUUUGCAUUUUCAUGUUUUCCUCUUCUGACGGACUUUCAAAUCCCGUAUUUCUAUGAUAGCAUUAAAACACUUUUUCACAUUUUCUAUGGAUUGACUUUAAUUUUGAAUUUAAACAAAUGUACUUUCCCUUUGUCACUGGUUGGCUUAGUUUAAUAAUUCAACUCUUAAUGAUUUCAUGCGCCAAUUCU